UCACAUGUAUCUCUCUCCGAACGUUACAUUCACCGGAAGCUGUGCCCAUCGGUGUCGCCGGAAAAUGGAGUCGGAGUCUCUGAGAGUUCAGAGGUUCGACGAACUGCCUUCCGCCUCGGAAUUCGCCUCCCAAAUCGAGCCUCGAAACGUCCCCGCCGUUUUCAGUGGGUGCGUCAAGGACUGGAAAGCGUUUGCCCGGUGGAAUCCCUCCAAUGGCGGCCUCGACUACUUGCAGGAAAGAGCAGGAUCGUGUACAGUGGAGGCUAUGAUGUCAAGAUCUGCUCCUGUUUUCUAUGGUGACAUUAGAAGCCAUGAGAGGGUUCCUAUACCCUUUUCUUCCUUCAUUGGAUUUUGUAAGCAAAGGAUGCAAAUGGAGGAGGAGAAUCAAAGCUGUCCUGUUGAAUCUGAAAGGGGAAAUUCGUCAACUUCUGAAGUUGAGCCAGACUGUUCAAUAUCUGCAUUUGCCCCUCAACAAACCUAUCUGGCACAGGUUUCUAUCAUGAAUGCUGAGAAUAAAGGGCAGGCCCAACUGCAAAUUCUAAGAGAAGAUAUUGACAUGCCUUCAAUCUUGGGUACAAGAAAAGUGGCUUCUAUCAACCUGUGGAUGAACAAUGCCAAAGCUAGGUCAAGCACUCACUACGAUCCUCAUCAUAAUUUACUCUGCAUUGUCGCUGGUCAUAAGCAAGUUGUUCUAUGGCCCCCUUCUGCAAGUCACUUGUUAUACCCAAUGCCCCUAUAUGGGGAGGCCUCAAACCAUAGCUCCGUAGCUUUAGAAUGCCCUAAUUUUUCUGCUUAUCCAAGAGCAAAAUGCUUGAUGGAAUACUCCCAGACAGUCAUGCUUCAUGCAGGCGAUGCACUUUUCAUCCCUGAAGGAUGCUACAGGUUUCACCAGGUGGAUAGUACUGAUUUAACCAUUGCAGUAAAUUUUUGGUGGCAAUCUGAUGUGAUGUUGAGCAUGUCGGAGCACAUGGAAGUGUAUUAUUUGCGCAGGAUAUUAAGAAGAUUGAUAGAUAAAGAAAUGAACCAAAUGCUGUGCUUAACUGCUUGUUCUGGUUCUGGUGAAAGAGAGGGGCAUGUACCUGGGUUGGCCUACAAGGAGGAGGCAGAUCAGUCCCUUACUGAUACUAAGAAGGUGCAAGAGGAGGCGGACUCGAGGGGAAAAGAACAACAAAACAGCUCUAUACAUGAUCUUGAGCCUGCUGCUUUACAGGCUCUUCAUGAGCUAGUUUCUUUAGUUCAUGACCGUGUAAAUGUGGACAAAAGUCAACUCAAGGUAUCUGCCUCGGGAAAUGAUUCUGAUGUCAGCAUGGAAGAUGAACAUAAGAAUGAUUUAUUUGUCAACCUUGAAGACGAUCCUGUUGCGAAGAUACUUUGGGCCCUCAAGCCAUGUUUCCUCCGUAAUAUGUUUGCUUCCAUGGCAGAAUGUUUCCCGAGGACUCUGGAGGCUCUCGUGCUGCAUUUGCUUUCACCACUGGGUGCUGAAGUCUUGACGAGGAAGUUCGAUGAAUUGGAUGAGAGGACAUCUGAAGAAGAUAGGAAUAAAUUCUAUCAGUUAUUCUAUGGCGCAUUCGAUGACCAAUUUGCUGCCAUGGAGGCCAUUUUGAAUGGGAAAGAGUUGUUCGCUCAGCUGGCUUUCAAGAGUGUCUUAGAUAAGUACUUGGGGGUGAAACUGGACUGCGGGCCGAAAGGGCAGCUGCAAAGAUCCUUCUAGACUUUUAACAAAUGUAAGCCUUCAGUCAAGACCCGUAGGAAGCUAUGAGUCGGCAAGUAAGACUGUUGCAGAAACUCUGGUUCUUGUUUGUUUGUGGAAAUUUUCCUGUGUAAGAUACAAACAUUUUUCGGCCUAUAUUCUCCCUUGUUCGUGGAUUCAAAGAUGUAUUUCUUCUCUUUCUAUACAAACUGUUGGGCCUCAUAUCUUGAAUGUUCAUGCGUGUGACAAUGUAUGUAUUGAGACUACAGUUUACAUAUGAGGUAAUCCUAUGGGCGCAUGGCGCUGCACUGGAUCCAGAUAAAUGUUUAGAUGAAA